UUCAUUCAGAAUCCAUACGCAAAAAGGCAAGCUCGACGUUCCGCCAUUUUAUUUUGAAGUUCCAGAUUUUAGUCUGCACUCGUCUCAAAGCAAAAUACUGUGGAAAUGGAUGAAGUUGGUAUCGCUUCUUCCGGAGAUUAUGCGGCAUUGACCCGUUCUUGUUGUAUGUUUCAAGAGAAGCCCCUGGAAUUGGAAACAGCUAUAUCUAUUUUGGAGAAUGUCGAACAGUACAGGUCGAUUGCAUAUCCCCCUAUGAAGCCUAAAGGGGGCGAGGUAUACUUGUUUAUGCCCCAGCUUAUUGAAGAACAAGAUAACUGGAAAUGCGAUCACUACCGAUGGUUAAACAAUGGCCCAAAAGAGAUACCUCGAAGAGGCCCACUGGUGCGAAAGCUCUAUUUCUUGGCCCGAGUUCCAGAAGGGAAAACCUUUCAGUUUCAGAGGCAUGCUUAUAUGCUCAUUGCAGACACACGAUCACCUAAGCCUGUUCUUGUACAUUAUAUUGGAGACGAGUCAAUCAUGAUAGAUUUCCCUCAUGGCAACUCCAAGAAAACGAUCAAGCCUUUCUUUGCUGUUGCACCGUCUGUACGCAAAGAAAUCGCACGCAAGUCAUUGGCAAGCCCUAGUGACAUUAUUGAAUCGAUGAAAGUGAAAUCUGAAGAAGGCAAUAACCCAGCCAUGACUCCGAGGAACAAAAACCAGAUUCGGAAUUUAAAGCGAAGGCAACGGAUGAUAGAGGCAGGCAAUAAAAUGAAGAAAUCGUCACUAUGUAACAUGCUUGACAUGGUUGAGAAUAUUGCAGGAUUCGUUCAUUUUCUUCAGACCGUUCCUGAUACUGUCUGUGUCGUUGGAUUGCCCGAAUUGUCGUCUGCUUUGGAGGAUUUGCUGAAGUUACCUUCCGUCGAUCCUGUUGUCUUCUCUUACUGUGAACCAUUCAAAAUUGGCAGACUAAAUAUCGCUGUAUUUUUAUUCGAACAUGUUGCUUUUGUCGGCAAACCUGGUUUCCCGUGCUUUGCUGUAAUUUACGACUCUGAAUGUGCAUUUGCUCACGAAAAGUUGCUCAGAACAGUGGCAAGCAGCGUUCCAUCUCUCAAUAAAUAUAAAGGGCCUAUUGUUACUGGUCGCGAGUCUACUAUCACAGAAUGCAUUAAGUCAGUCUUUCAGAACUUGUUUGCCGUCACGGACUGGGAGCAUGUUGUUGUUGAGUCCCGCCUUUGGCUGCGUUCGACUGGUGCAACUGUCUCUCAAAUUAACAUGUUCACAGACCAUCUUCGUCUUCUUCUGGAGUCACCAACUAAAGAUAUCUACGAAAAAAAACUUAGUCGAUGCUCAGAGUCCUGGACCACGGAGUUUCGACAGCAUUAUGACAAUAAGUUGAAAGAUGCUAUCGAGACGCGCCUAGGCCAAUGGAUUCUGCAGAGAUACAGUCUGUUCAGCAAAGACCUUGGUGUAACUGACAUUGUCAAUCAAGAUCUUCAAAUACUUAUGCGAGAUUUACAAGAUAUCAAGGACCCAACUGUAGACACGAUUGCGAUUGCACUGUAUCACAUCAGUGUUCAUUUGGCAAAUGAGAUAACAAAGGGCUAUUGUAAUCUGGGAACGUACCGCCUACGGUCAGAGCUGCUUUAUUUACUGCGCCCCUCUGAUGAAGUUUUCAUUUACGAAAACACUUACAACCCAGCAGCAAUAGUCUCUGGACUGAAAGCCAACCGCCUGCCGUUCCAACCUAGUGGAAUUGGAGACAAGAUUGAUGAAAAUGUGCGGGCAGAGCGCAUUCAUGCCGCAGGAAACGUUGUUCAUGUGAGUCAGCUGCAGGCCUUUUUGGUGAAAGGUGUUAGUGAUGACAUACAUGCUGUUAAAUUAUAUCCCCGCGAAUAUUGCACAUGUCAGGCAAAAGAAGUGUGCUGUCAUGUUUUGGCAGUUAAGCUCAGUUUAGGCUUGGCACAAAGCACUGUGAAAUCAAAAGGGACUCCUGCCCCAUGCAUUGUUGUAAAUGUCGCUCAACCUGUGCCAACAGUACCACAAGUUUGUGAAGAAGGAACUGAUGCUUCAGCUGUGACUGUACCGCAAGCAGUUCACGGGAAUCAAGUCAAUGCUGCUGCACAAACUAUAGCGAAUCUUAUGGCAUCUGGCGCCACAGCAGCUCAACCAGGUGCAGGGCAACAGGUCUUCACUCUCGAUUCUUUUAUCGAAGCAUUAACAGUUGCCAGAGAAUGCAUAGUUACACCAGCGAAUGACAAUGCGGAGGCGAUUAGCCAAACCAACUAGCAACUAUGCAUGUCAUAAAAGAAUCAACACUCUCAUCCACGAUCGCUAAAUCUUGACUGUGGAGAAUAUAGUUCUAAAC